AUGGCUACCCCUAGUGUCCUCGCCUUUGACGUUGAGGGUCGCGCCAUUGACUUUGAGGUCUGGGUCGACGACCUGCAGCUGUACUUACAGUGCGAUAGGGCAGACGGUCUCUCUCUCUUUGACCUCACCUCUGGCCCCUCUCUUGCCCCUGCUGCUGAUGCUGACCCCACUGUUUGCUCCCAGUGGGCCACGCGCGAUGCUGCUGCACGUCUUGCUGUGCGUCGCCACCUGCCUACCGCUGAGCACGCGCACUUUAGUCAGUACAAGAGUGCUCAGACCUUGUACGACGCUGUAGUUGCGCGCUACUCUUCCCCUGCCACUGCUACACUGAGCCGCCUCAUGCUACCCUUCCUCUUCCCUGACCUUGCUGCCUUUCCCACAGUCGCUGACCUCAUUACGCACCUCCGCACUAGUGACACUCGCUACCGCACGGCGCUUCCUGCUGAGGACCACUUCCUCUCGGUCUGUCCCACCACUGUCACUGUUGACCUCUUAGAGAAGGCCCUCCUAGCAGCGGAGAAGAGCAUCGUCGCUGUAGGAGCCUCUCGUGGUGACCCUCGCACCCCCAUCUUUGAGGGGUGUUCUCUUCCCCCCUUCUGCCCGGUGUCGCCUCUGCCGCUGCGGCCGACCUCGUUGGUCUUGAGUCGGUCGGUGCGGCGUCCGCCCCUAGCGGGAGACGCCGCUCUGGCAAGGGCAAGGGGGGCAAGGGUGCGGGUGGAGCUAGCGGGGGCGGUGGAGGUGGCGGUGGAGGCGGCGGAGGGAGUGGGGGUGGCGGUGGGAGUGGUGGCGGGGGUGGAGGUGUCGGUGGCAGCAGUGGAGGCGGAGGCGGCGGAGGCAGCGGCGGUGCUAGCGGAGGCAGCGGUGGUGGCAGAGGUGGAGGAGGCGGUGGACGAGGAGCGUGGUGGGGGCAUUGGUCCCUGCACCUACGUCCUUCGCACCGGCGACCGCGCGGGUGAGCAGUGUGGGGGUGCCCACCCCACCCAGCGCUGCUUUGGCCGCCUGACGGACGCUUGGCGUCAGCAGUUCCCAGAGGCCAGUGCUGGUGAGGCUGCUGCUCUAGGUGCCAGUGCGUCUGCGCCCUCAGGUACUGGUGAGUCUGCGCUCUCAGGUACUACGUCGGCUUUGGCCUCCCUCACCUUCACCCUUGACUCUGGGCCUUCUCGCUCCUUCUUUCGGGACCGCACCACACUCACGCCGCUUAGUCGGCCGGUUGCGGUGUCUCUGGCUGACCCCUCUGGGGGCCCUGUCCUGUCUCGCUUCUCUACAGUCCUCCCGUGUCAGACGGCUCCCUCUGGCACCCUGUCUGGUCUCUACCUCCCCUCGUUCUCUACGAACCUGGUGAGUGGUGCUGACCUACAGGAUGCGGGUGUCCACCAGUUCACUCCUGCGAGCCAGCGGGUGACGCACUGCACCGAGGCUAGCACAGGCCGACACCUGGCUACGUUUACCCGUCAGCCGGGGUCGAGCCUGUACACACUGACCCUUGCGCCUCCUCCCGUUGCUGAGUCUAGUAGGGUAGCUGCGUCGGGUCAGGUGUUUGCUGCAGCGUCCAGGUCUGGUCCUGAGUCUGCCCCCUGUUCGUGUCGUCUCUUGUCUCACGAGAGUCUCCUCUGGCACCACCGCCUUGGUCACCCCUCUCUGCUUCGGCUCAGAGGCAUGGCCUCCCGUCUUCUUGUGUCUGGGCUGCCCCGGUCCCUCCCUCCCCUUCCUCAUGGCCCUGGCCCUGCCUGUGUCCCCUGUGUCGAGGAGCACCAGCGUGCUGCCCCUCACUCCUCCCAGUUUCCUCCGACAGAGGCCCCGUUGCAGACGCUUCACAUGGACGUGUGGGGCCCAGCCCGCGUCCGUGGACAGGGUCACGAGCGCUACUUCCUACUCGUUGUUGACGAUUACUUGCGUUACACCACAGUCUUCCCCUUGCGCAGCAAGGGUGAUGUCACUGAGAGGCGGAGAGUUCUCCUCUGGCCUUUUGCGAGCCUACUGACGUGCACGAGGCAUCCGUCAGACCUUCACGCUCUGGACUCACUGCAGCAAAAUGGGAUUGCUGAACGCCGCAUUGGCAUGGUCAUGGACGUCGCUCGUACGUCUAUGAUGCAUGCGGCAGCCCCCCAUUUUCUGUGGCCGUUUGCGGUCAGGUACGCGGUGCAACAGAUCAACCUUCACCCCGGGGUCUCCAGGCCGGAGACCUCCCCAACCCUGCUGUGUACGGGGAAGGUUGGCGAUGCGUCGGCGUUCUGGGUCUGGGGAUCUCGGGCGUUUUUCCGCGACUUGUCUGCGGACAAGCUGUCCCCUCGCGCUGCUCCUUGCGUCUUCCUGGAGUUCCCCCCCGACGCGCCUGGGUGGCAGUUUUACCACCCCACCUCUCGCCGUAUUCUGUCCUCCCAGGACGUCAUGUUAGACGAGUCGGUCCCCUACUACCGCCUCUUCCCCUACCACACUCCGUCCCUCCCCCCGCCCCCGCUCUACCUUGUACCAGGUCCCCCCCCGGUAGACCCCCUCCCCCCUCAGGGUCCUGCCCCUUUAGGUGUUUCCCAGGUAGACGCAGUCGAGCCUGUCGAGGUCACUGGUGACUCUGGUGCUGAGCCUAGGGGUGCUGAGACUGGGGGUGCUGAGCCUGGGGGUGCUGAGCCUGGGGGUGCUGGGUCUGGGGGUGCGGAGCCUAGGGGUGCUGAGCCUGGGGGUGCUGAGGCUGGGGGUGCUGAGCCUGGGGGUACUCAGCCUGGGGGUGCUGAGCCUGGGGGUGCUGGGCCUGGGGGUGCUACGCCUAGAGGUGCUUUGACUGGGGGUGCUGGGAUUGGGGGUGCUGAGCCUGGAGGUGCUCCGCCUGGAGGUUCUCCGGGUGCUUCGUCUCGCCGGGAGCCACUCUCUCCGCUGGAGCUGCGCGAGUGGUUUGCCCGGCGCUGGAGCCGUGCUGCUGGUGCUGGAGGUUCUUCGGCUACUGAGUGUGCUGCUGUCGCGGGUCCCGGAGGUGCUCGUACUGGGAGUACUCGAGCUGCUGGGCCUGCAGGUUCGACUGGAGCUGGUACUGCUGAGGGUGUUGGCGCUGAGACUACCACUGGCGGUCCUGCUGGGGGUGCUCCUGGUGCUGCUGGAGGUUCUGGAGCUGCUGGAGCGUCGUGA